CUAGUAUUAAAGGUUCAGUUAAAAAAUCGCUGCUGAAAGUAACACCAAAUCCGCGAAAAUCUGGUGGUGCAGAACCAAUAGCUUGUGAAACACCUCACACGUUUAACUCGGAUAUGCGUGAUAGUGUUUCCGAUUCAGUUGAAACACCAGUGUCAAAAACAUCACGUGUAAAGAAGUCAAGCAUAUCUUACAGUGUCACCCCUUGCUCGCGAAAAUCAGUGCAAAUUGGAAGACACUCUCACAGUGCGCCAUCUCUAAAAAAGGCUCCUACUGCAGAGGAAACAGUUGCAGUUUCUUCACCAAGAAAGUUCUAUAGGAAGGACACCUUAGGUGUUUCCUCAAGUGUUAAAUAUGCAAAUGCUACACCAGAUGCGAAGUUUAUUGGAGGGGAGACUCCAGAUUUCUCACAGGUACAAUCAUUGGGCAAAAGAUCACAAAGGUAUAGCCAAAAAGUUCCUGCUGCAGAUACUUCAGCAACCAUAGUACAGUCUCCAGAUUUAUUCUCGUUAGAUCAGAUACCCUCCAAUGGAGAUGUGGCACAGCUAAAAGAAUUGCAGAAAUCGUCUACAUCUGCUGUGGCUGAGACACCCAAAAGAAAAUCAGCUGGACUGCUGCUCGCGCACAUUCGUGAAAGUCAGGAAUAAUUUUCUCGUAGCCGUAGAAACUCUACUCCUUCAGCAAAUACUGACAAAAUAAACACUAGGUCAGCAAGAGCUUCAGUGAUUGUGACUAAGAAAAGUAAACUUUCUUUCACGCCCAUAUCAGUCAAAAACACCUCGCAAGCUUAAAUCUCUUCGGGCAAUGUCAGCAAAAGCAACCAAGCGAAGAUUGACUGAUGUAGACCUCUCGGAGAUCGCUGCUAAUAAGCUAAAAGCUAAAUCACCUAAAACUCCAGAUAAGAAGAAAAUGGCAGCUUUGCUUCAGUGUCAUAAGCCUCGAAUGCUCUUUUCAGAAGUUGUGAAGAAAACUCCAGUGAAGAAGAACAUUGUUGCCAAGCUGACAUCAGUGCCAAUAAGUCGACGUAGAAAGGUGCCCAAGAAACCCAAGGUUCAUACUCCAAGAAAGGCUUCUGUGAAAGGAAUAAAUUCCACUGGGCAUGUUGAUUCACCGGAGACAAUAAUAAUCCAUGGCAAACAAAGUAUGGCUUUGAAAAGAUCAAUUCAAAAAAUGAAGGAAGAAAGUGAAUCUCAGAAAAUUACAGCCACAGCUCCCAAGUUCGAAGACACAAAAGAUGUUGAAACUUCAGUUUCAGCCAAAGAGUCAUCUCGUGAAAUGAACACUAGGAAAAGUGUCAGCCUCUCACCAGCACCACAAGUGGUGGCAUUUGCAGCUUCAAGACGAAUAAGUACACCUCUGCGUGUCCUUGGUGAAGGACUGUUACUUGGUGAAGAUGCAUGUAAUACAUCUGCAAAAAUUACUCUUUUCUGUUGA